AUGAUCGUUCGCGAAUCGACCUCUGACCGUUCGCCACGAAUCGACCAUUGCCGAUGUCGACCUUUGCUACUCGUUCGACCGUUCCUCCCGCGGCGAGGCGCCAUCUACUGCUCAAUCGGGUGCAGCAAAGGGGAGCCACCCACGCCCUCGGACAGCUCCGGGCAUCCCCCCGGUCCCCCCGGCCCUGGACUCCCCAACGGGGGCACCCCCAACCCCACCCACAACCACAUCCACACUCAUACCAACACCCUCACCCACGAUCCUCAGGCCGCACCACCCUCCCCCUCCCGCAAUCACCUCCACUCCCGGCCCCGCUCCGAGGCCUCCUCCACCCCCUCCACCUCCCCUGCUCGCAAUCGCCGCACCCCCACCCUCCCCUCGCCCGCCCCAUCUUCGGAGUCGCUGCACUCCACACCACCUGCCCACAGCAAUCACCUGCCCAAUGGAAUCGUUCACACCAAGAACAAACCAAAUUCCCUGAAAGCAACCCAAUGCAGUAGCUCCCUUCAAAUAUCUCAGAAUCUACCUCCAGUGCGAUCACCAAAGGUGGGACGGCGAGCGCUUCAGCGGACCUCAUCAGGACCAAGCUCCCCCACUCCGCCAUCCCCGAACGUUGUGCGAGGCCUCCCACCGCUCCCCAGCACCCCUUCCAAAGGCCUGGAUCGAGUCCUCCUCGAGCGGAACCUAGAGAAACUAAUCACCGAAAAACCAACCCCUAGCGGCACGAGUAGCCAAGAAUCCGGUUCCUGCAACCUGGACAUAGACCGGAUCCUACGAGAGUGCGCCGGGAACGUGAGCCUCCAGUCGCAGGUGGAACACCUCCUAGUCAACCGCUCCGACUCCAGCCCCCUAGACAAACUAUUCCUCGACAACGGCAUUUCGUUACGACUGCAAGCAGAGCUGGAGAAGCUCAUCGCGGAGAGCGGAGCCAACUCCGUGCGUAGCGAGCUGCAACGACUGCUGUUCCAACAGAGCACCCACAGCAUGCAGUCCGAGCUCAUCGCUCGACUCAUAACCGGGAGCAACGCUCCGCUCGGUAAAGACCUACAACUGGCCGAUCUGAGUCUGAGCUUGGACUCGUGGAAACCUCAACUGACGGACUCCAAGCCGGCGAACAAACUCGCUUUCUCGAUGCCGGAUCUGGCCGCUCAGUCGGGGAAUUCUCCGCAGAAGAAGAAUAAAGGGAACUUGAGCGUGAGGUUUCAAGGUGCCAAGAGCGACGACUCCAUAGAUCAGAUUCCGAACAGACGAUCUCGUCAUCGGGACGAGCGAGAUUUCGACCCUGAUAGACGGUCUCGUCAUCGGGAAGAACGGGAUUACGACCCUGAUAGACGGUCUCGUCAUCGGGAAGAACGGGAUUUCGACCCUGAUAGACGGUCUCGUCAUCGGGACGAGCGGGAAUACGAUUCGGAUAGCUACUGUUCGACUUGUUCGUCUAGUUCGAGUAGUGAUGACCUGACGGUUUACCAGCUGCCCCAGCGACGUGCCUACGGAGGAGUGCGGAUUUCCUACGUGCCCAACGACACUCUGGCCUGCGCCAAGAGGCAGCAGUCCAUGGCGAAUUCGCCUAUCUCCCCGCUCAAGAAGAAGCAGGAUGACAAAAGUUGCAUCAUUUCCUGAUACUUCUUCCAGUACUUUAGUUGAGAGCUCAGGGCGUUGCUCAAGAAACCGUGCAGUAAGUAAGAUUGCUGGGCUUGUCUUCCCUCGUUAU